AUGGAUGAACCUCUUGGAUUCGGCCUUUGGUGGUUAUCUAUCGCCUUGUCUGAUGCUUUGAUGCUGGAUUUCUUGGAACUUCCGAGGCUUCCUCCAACACCUCCGGACGAAAAGGAAGUUUGUUUGAAUACCAUAAAUGAUGUCUUGUUGGAGCGCGUCCAGACCGUACCAGACAAGCCCCUUGUUGGCUAUCCGAAAAGCUCUCAUGGUUUGAGCGAUUAUGUCUUUUACUCUGCGACCGACCUGGACAGGUUCACUUCUGGGGCAGUUCAAUCCUUAAAGGCCUCUGGGCUAUCAGAAUUCCACAAUGAAUCGGAAAACAAAGUGGUAGCGAUCCUAGGCGUUUCCAACCUCGACUAUGUCAUCUCGCUGCUGGCACUCUCUCGCCUCGGCUAUGCAGUGUUGCUGCUUUCAACUCGACUUAGUACAGAGGCGUACACCAAUCUAUUGGCGAAGACCAAAUGCACCGAUAUAAUUUACUCUCCUGCCACGCAGGCUGCAGCUAAACGAAUUCAAGAGGCUGAGGCCAUCAAUACUUUUUUAAUACCGGAGUUUUCAGUGUACUCGCAAUGUACGACAAAGCCCGAUCUGCAAGUCACUGGCACCCCUGAAAUGGGUCGGAAAUGGGCUUUCAUUAUUCACUCGUCGGGAUCAACGGGACUUCCGAAACCGAUCUUCCAAACACACAAGGCUUGCAUUGCCAACUAUGCUUCAAGCAGAGGAUUCCGAGCGUUGCUUACACUGCCGCUUUACCACAACCAUGGACUGUCAACCUUCUUUCGGGCGAUGUUUAAAGCCAAACCGAUUGCAAUCUACAACGCCAAUCUGCCAUUAACAGGGAAGAAUGUACUCGAGGCCCUGAAGACAACCCAGCCGGAGAGCUUCCAUGGAGUUCCCUACGUCCUGAAACUCCUAAGUGAGGUUGAUGGUGGCGUGGAAGAAUUGGCAAAAUGCGAGCAGGUCCUGUUCGGAGGAAGCAGUUGUCCGGAUGAUCUUGGAGAUCUGCUGGUCGAACAUGGUGUCAAACUGAUCAGUCACUAUGGCGCAACCGAACUUGGUCAGCUUAUGACAUCCCAACGUCCCGCUGACGACAAGGGCUGGAACUAUGUUCGACCUUUAAAAACGGCCGAGCCUUAUUUGAGAAUGGUCGAACUUGAGGACGGCUCCUACGAAUGUGUUGCCUUGGACGGGCUUCCUGCCAAAGUCAGCUCAAACUCGGACGAUCCGCCGAACUCAUUCUACACUCGCGACACAUUCCUCAAGCACCCCUCCAUUCCGAACGCUUGGAAGUAUCUGGGCCGGAUCGAUGACCGAGUCACCCUUAUCAACGGGGAAAAGGUCCUGCCUGUUCCUAUUGAGCAUCGCGUGCGACAGAGCAAGUUUGUGAAGGAUAACCUUGUUUUCGGCGUUGGCAAGCCCUUGCCCGGGAUGAUGGUUGUACCAAGCGACGAGUGCCAGGGGCUGAGCAAAAGCGAAAUACUCGAAAAGAUCUGGCCUGAUAUUCAAGCCGCAAAUGAGAAUGCAGAGGCAUUCAGUCAGGUUUCCAAAGACAUGGUAAUCAUUUUGGACGUCGACUGCACUUAUCCAGCUACUGACAAGGGCACCAUGAUUCGGAAUCGCUGCUACCUAGAAUUCAGUGAUGCUAUUGAAGCUGUGUAUGCCAUAAUGGAACAGGGAGAUGCGAACUCCGCAGAGAAGAUUGCCUUGGAUAUUCCUCAACUCGAAGAAUAUUUACUGGAGCUUUUCAGAACAGAGCUUGGUUUUAAGGUGAUUCAACCCGGCUCGGACUUUUUUGAAGCAGGGGUGGAUAGUCUACAAGCGAUCAAAGCCAGAGCCACGAUCAAAAAGAGGAUUGAUAUUGGGACAGCUGAACUUGGUCACAAUGUGAUCUUCGAUCUUGCCAACAUCAAAAAGCUUUCCGCACAUUUGUAUGCCCUGCGGACAGGCGAGGAGCAAGAAGAAGAGGACGAGCUAGAGGUGAUGUCUCAGCUGAUCGAGAAAUAUUCGUCGUUCACACCUCGUAAGACAGAGCCGGAAGUCAUUUUACUGACUGGUACUACCGGCUCUCUUGGCACCUACGUCUUAUCCAGGUUAAUGCACAUGGACUCGGUAAAGCAGAUAUACUGCCUUGUCCGAGCGUCAUCUCCCAGCGCUGCCCUAGAUCGAGUGCUUUCCACGUUGUCUGCAAGAUCUCUCCCUAUGGUCAACGUCUCCAAGAUUGUGGCUCUGCCCGCCCAACUCGGCCGGGAGGACCUGGGUCUACCUCCAUCUAUCAUCGACGAGCUUCGCACUUCCCUCACAAAGGUCAUCCACGCCGCCUGGGCCGUGAACUUCACCCUCGGCGUCCGAAGCUUCGAGCAGCAACACAUCAAGGGAGUCCACAACCUGAUCAACCUCUGUCUUUCCAGCCAGCGAUCUGUCCCGGCCGAAUUCUAUUUCUGCUCCUCCAUCUCCGCCGUCGCCGGGACGCCACUCCCUGCCACCAUCGCCGAAGGCCCCAUCCCCGAGCUCUCGCAUGCCCAGAACAUGGGAUAUGCCCGAUCAAAGCUUGUCGCCGAGCGGGUAGUCCAGGCUGCAGCCGAGAAAACAGGCCUAGUGGCCAAGGUGCUGCGGGUUGGCCAGAUCGUCGGCGACACGGUCACCGGCAAAUGGAACACCACCGAGGCAAUCCCCUUGAUGCUGCAGAGUGCCGUCACACUCAAGGCCCUCCCGGAGCUAGAAGAGACGCCGUCCUGGCUCCCCGUCGACUGCGUCGCCGACGCCAUCCUCGACCUCACCGGACUCAACCCCAACCCGGAAGCCAAAGCCUUCGCGCAUGACCCCAAGGUCGUCUACCACGUGCAAAACGCAUGCACCUUCAACUGGACACGGGAUCUUCUUCCGGCCUUGAAAGCCGCCGGCUUGGAAUUCGAAGUUCUGCCGAAACGCCAGUGGGUGCAGCGGCUACGCGAGGGAGAGCAGGAUCCUCAGAAAAACCCCACCGUUAAACUGCUGGACUUCUUCACGGAGAAGUACGACAAUGAUAACCCCGGUCGGGCCGGACUUGUGUUUAGCAUGGAGAAGUCGGAGGCCGCCAGUCCGGCGUUGAAGGGGGGAGUGGAGCUGAUUGACAGCGGGUUGAUCAAGCGGUUUGUGGAUGCUUGGAGGAGUGAGUGGUGAUGUACAUACGUACUUGAUUUUCUCGCCAGGUCGACAGCCUUCCCUUUCCGUUUUAGUGCUCACCCCUCGCCGCUUUUUGCUCACUGAGUAGACCUGAGCACGCCCUGAGCAGCCUGAGGCGAUCACUGAGCACGGGGUGAGCGGAAGACUGAGUGCCCUGAGUGAGUAACCUCAAUAAACUGCACCCCAACUAGCGGUCUCCCCCUUGCCCGUUGCUCCACUCCGAGUUCACUUUUGCCCGC